UUUUGGGGUGCACUCGACUCCUCCCGGCGGUCUACGUGCGGGGUUCGGGCCCUCAGAACGUUCUGGAUUUGCCGUCCUUCCUCCUUCUGAAGCUCUGAGGUCGGCCGCCAGCCUGGGAGGUCCUGCCCGCGGGACGCCUCGGGGAGGGGGAGCGGGGCAGGAAGGGCCGGCGUGCGCGCGGAGCCGGCCCCUUCCGCCGCGGCGUGCGCGCGGGCCCAGCCUCGCGCUUCUGGCCGUGGCCGUGGUAGUGAAUAAGUGGAGACUGAUGCACCGGGUGGCGCGGGUUUCUCCUACCCACUCCCCAAGGGCCCCGGCGACCUGCCAGGACGAUCCAGUUUCCUGACACGUGUACUCGAAUGUUCGGCGGAGGAGGGCUUAAGUAUCGGAGACGAGUGUGGGAACUGCUAGCAUUUUAAGGGAUUCGUGGGUACUUCCAAAACGGAUUGUUGACCGCCAUCCAACACCGGCAGUGGGAUUCGCCAGUGUCCCGCUCCCUGCGGCACCAUGGUCUCCUGCUGGUUAAAUCGGCUAAACUGGGAGUUAGCCGCACCCACCGGAAGGAUCGGCCAGCUGAUCUGGGGUUCUCUCUCCAGGAAUCUGGUGCUGAGUCCGCAGAGGAGAAUUCCAGAAUUCAGUAGCUUUAUUGCCCGGACCAACACAUGUGGAGAGUUGCGUUCUUCUCACUUAGGCCAAGAAGUCACCUUGUGUGGAUGGAUUCAGUACCGCAGGCAGAACAUCUUCCUGGUGCUACGAGAUUCCCACGGGCUCGUUCAAAUUGUCAUUCCCCAGGAUGAGUCGGCUGCUUCUGUGAAGAAGAUUUUAUGUGAAGCCCCCAUGGAAUCUGUGGUGCAAGUGUCUGGGACAGUGAUUUCCCGACCUCCAGGACAAGAGAACCCAAAAAUGCCAACAGGUGACAUUGAAAUCAAGGUUAAAACAGCUCAACUUCUGAAUUCCUGCAAGAAGCUGCCCUUUGAAAUUAAGGACUUUGUGAAGAAAACAGAGGCUCUCCGUUUGCAGUAUCGCUACUUAGACUUGCGUAGCUUCCAAAUGCAAUAUAACCUGCGGCUGAGGUCCCAGAUGGUCAUGAAAAUGCGGGACUACCUCUGUAACCUGCACGGGUUUGUGGACGUGGAAACACCAACACUGUUUAAGAGGACCCCAGGGGGUGCAAAAGAGUUUGUAAUACCAUCCAGGGAACCUGGGAGGUUCUAUUCUCUGCCUCAGAGUCCUCAGCAGUUUAAGCAGCUUCUGAUGGUCGGUGGUUUAGACAGAUAUUUUCAGGUUGCCCGAUGUUAUCGAGAUGAAGGUUCGAGACCAGACAGACAGCCCGAGUUCACUCAGAUUGACAUAGAGAUGUCUUUUGUAGACCAGACCGGGAUCCGGAGUCUCGUUGAGGGUUUGCUCCAGUAUUCCUGGCCCAGCGACAAAGGCCCUGUGGGGGUUCCUUUUCCUUCUUUGACUUUUGCUGAGGCGCUGGCCAGCUAUGGAACUGAUAAGCCCGACACUCGCUUUGGGAUGAAGAUCGUAGAUCUCAGUGAUGCGUUCAGAGACACAGAGGCUGGGUUCCUUCAAGAGGCGCUUGGGACGGCCCAGGGCACCGUCAAAGCCAUGUGCGUCCCUGACGGAGCGAAAUUCUUAACAAGGAAAGACAUUGAACACAUUAGAAAAUUUGCAGCUGACCAUUUUAACCAGGAAGUCUUACCUGUAUUCCCAAAAGCCAAUCGGAACUGGAAUUCCCCGGUCGCCAAGCUCAUCGUGGAGGAGCAGGGGUCAGGACUCAUGAGACGCAUGCAGGCCCAGGAAGGGGACGUGCUCCUGCUCACGGCCGGAGAGCACCCGAGAGCGUGCUCUCUGUUGGGACAAUUACGACUGGAGUGUGCCGACCUUCUGGAAGCGCGGGGCGUGGUGCUGCGUGACCCGGCUCGCUUCUCUUUCCUUUGGGGGGGAUUUUUUUUCUUCCUGCCCAAGGCGGGGCACCCCGGAGAGCUGGAGUCAGCCCACCACCCAUUCACUGCUCCCCACCCCAGCGACGUCCACCUCCUGUCUGCUGAGCCCGAAAAGGUCCGGAGCCAGCACUAUGACUUGGUUUUAAACGGCAGCGAGAUAGGAGGCGGGUCCAUCCGAAUCCACGAUGCGCGGCUGCAGCGCCACAUCCUGGAAACGGUCCUGAAGGAAGAUGUGACAUUGCUCUCCCACCUGCUCCAGGCUUUGGAUUACGGGGCGCCCCCUCACGGAGGAAUCGCCUUAGGAUUAGACAGACUGAUGUGCCUUGUCACCGGAGCACCAAGCAUCAGAGACGUCAUAGCCUUCCCCAAGUCCUUCCGGGGGCACGACCUCAUGAGCAAUGCCCCAGAUUUCAUCCCUCCUGAGGAACUGAAGCCCUAUCAUAUCCAGGUCGCCUGGCCAACAGACUCAGAAGCAGAAAAGAGCUCGAUGAAUGAUCCUCGCCAUCCAGAAAGUUGAGCUUUUGUGUCUUGUCACCUUUGCUUCCUCGAGGCUGAAAUGAGACCGGGAGUCCUGCCACAGAGCUGAGAAGUCUUUGGGUAGAAGGUCUCCAGGCAGCAUUCUCCACGGUGAAGAAACAGAUGGAAGGUGUCCAGUUUUGACUUGAUGACAUGCAUUAUUAGGAUUUUUUUGUUUGGGACUCUUGAAGCUUCUUUUUACUUGGAGAAAUGUGGAAGAUGGCUCUUUGUUGGGGUAAUACAAUGGCUAAGUGUUUUCUAAUCAUGUUUUUCAUACCUGGAUAGUAGGUUGUUCACUUAGGGCAGAAGUAAUCAAAUCAUGUGUGAAAUGUGAGAAAUGCUUGCCCCACGGACUGGCCAGCUGGGGAGAAGUCAGUUUGGCCUUGUCAAGAGAAUCCUAUAAAUGAAGCUGGACAGUGACAUUUCACUAUUAACAUAACAUCAUGAAGCACAAUAUAAUCAAAAAAUCACUGAAAUGAGAGACACAGAAUCUCAGCGCUUCACCUCAAGUGAGUUACAUAAACCUCUCAGCCUCCCUCCUCCCGUGAAACACGAACUGUACCGGCCCUGGCAGCCCCACCCGGCCCUUCUUGCCAGAAUCAGAGGAAAUAACGUAUGUGCGAGAUAAUGUAAUAAAAACACUUUGAAAAACUGUCAGGCAUGAUACAAAUGGAAGAUUAUCCAUCCAUCUAUAAACAGACACAAGUAUAUCUCUGUAUUUUAUAGUGUAAGAUUAAACAGAACUGGUAUCUGUACUAAAAGAAAAACAAAUUAUUAAUCAAUAUUGUCUAUAUUUCUUUUAAAAAAUCAUUAAUCCCUAAGUUUCCUUCAACCAUAAGUAAUUGAAUAUAUUGACCUUAGACCAACCUCAAAUGUGCAAAAAAGUGAACACUCAAGUCCAUUGUGAUUUUCUUGCACAUUCUGACACAGAUAAAAGCUUAUGAUUAAUAACUAUAAAAUGGGAACAAGGCCUUAAUGAAAUUGUUCUACGU